GGACCUUCAAACUUUUAACGAACUUCUAAGAGACACUUUUACUCAUUCAAAUAAAAUCACAAAAAUUACAACCAUCUGCAAUGAAAAUCACAAGCAGUGAGGUUGAUUCAUUCACUGAAGAGAAUUUAUUGAAUGAUAAUGAUGCGCGUGCGAUAAAUGAUGUCAUGUUCAAAAUAAAAAUCAGGGAAAAUAAAGAUAGCGGAUUAUCGAGCGACUUUGAUUCUUCUCUCGACAAUAUCGACGAAUGGAAUAAUUUAUCGGACAAUCUCAUCAACGAGCGCAAAACAUUUGUAACAAAAUGUAGACAAGAAUUCGACAACAGCAAAUUACCAGAACACUUCGAUCGGUGGACAAUUAAACAGCAGUACGAUUACCUAAUAAGCAAUAUCGACAAAUAUUUCCCAAACAUACCCGAAUCUUUGAGGUUCAUAUUGCCAGCGAUCUUCGAAAAUGGAGACUGUAGCGAACGAAGAGGAAAUGCGAAGCCGGAUUGGUUAAUAAUGGAUAAAUUUUAUCGCGGACAGCGCUUUGCUGAACGUUAUUUCAGCGUGAUUUUGAUUGGUUCAACGAUGGGUCUAAUCCAGAUAUUUAAUUUCUCUGACGGAUUGAAACCGCUGAUCCUCAGUCAAAAGUCAAACACUCCGUACCGUGCCUUCGAGCGAUACUUCAGGACAACCAGGACCGUCAGAAAUUGGUUCACGAGCGAUCCUUGGUGCGAAGGUACGCCAGCCUAUCGCGAUAUUCAGAGAGUUCGAAGAUUACACAGUGUCAUGAGAUCGAAAUUGUGCAAAAAAAGCUUUGAGGAGAUUGAUCGAGACAGCAAGAUUCAAAAUGUAUGGUGUCCUAUUUUGGGAAAGGUCGCGAAAGACUUCGCAGACACGUGCUCGAUGGCGAAGAGCCAGAAUUGUCCUUAUACUAUGACAAGAACGACAAGUCUGAACCAAGGCGACAUGACGGCCACGAUGUUUAGUUGCAUGGGUUUAAUAGUGCUUUAUCCGGAGCAGUUAGGAAUAUACGCAAGCAACGAAGAUCUGGAGGCUUUUUGCCACCUCUGGCGCGGUUUGGGCUACCUGCUGGGCAUAGAAGAUCAGUAUAACUUCUGUCGCGGUGAUUUACAGGAAGUGCGCCAACGAACUAAAGACUUCAUCGAGCACUGGGUAAAACCGAAUUUCCGCGAGGUGACACCAGAGUGGGAGCACAUGAUUAUGUGUGUUAAUGAAGCCAUAGUUUAUAUGGGUCUUCCAAGCAACUACAAAGUAUUUAUGCUCUAUCUCUGUGACAUAUUUGAACUCAACAUGCCUCGCCUGUACGGGUCCUUCAGUCUACUGGAGAAAAUACUUUAUGCGUUGCAGAAAUUUAUGUUCUCGUACUUGAUGAAACUACCUGGUAUCAUCUAUAUCAUAAAUAAGGUGAUAAUCGCGUUUCUAGAUCGGGCAGAAGCCUUUAAAAGCGUCAAACAUGCCGAACUUAAGAAAAAGUCAUCCAAAAAGUUCUAA